AUGGAUCAUCUUGAAAAAUUACCUUUAAUUCGGAAGUAUAGCUCAUUAACAUGUCAUAUUCUUUCGGAAUUACGUCAUUCUGGGGAAUAUUCGGAUGUGAUUCUACGCACGGAUGAUCAACGAUUGUUUAAAGUACAUCGAGCUAUACUUUGUUCAUGUAGUGCAUUCUUUCGAGCAUUAUUUACUAACGGAAUGAAUGAAACAACAGAUCGAAUUGUUGAUAUUCAUGAUAUUCACGGCGAUGUUAUGCAAUUCAUACUAGAUUUCGCAUAUACACGCGAUAUGAAAUUGAAUGAUAACAACAUUUUCGAAGUUCUUCAAGCAGCGAAUCAGUUGCAAGUCUUAGAUUUGAUUUCUCUUGGAGAAAAUUACUUGUAUGAAAAGUUAACACCGGAGAACAUCUUAGGCAUUCGGGAAUUUGCAGCAUACUUUUUCUGUAGAAGACUUUAUGACCUAGCACAAGUUUAUCUUCUAAGUCAUUUCACCGAAAUAUCCAUAAAAAGUGCCGAAUUUGUUGAAUUGUAUCUUGAUCAAGUCGUUGAACUUCUCAAUUCCAAUGAAUUGAACGUUAGAAGCGAAGAAGCUGUUUUUGAUGCUAUCAUACGUUGGAUCGAUCAUAAAGUCGAUGAAAGAAAAUCACAUAUGGUCGAUCUAUUGAAAUGUGUACGUCUCGGUUUGUUAACGACAAAUUUCUUUCUCGAAAAAGUCAAAUGUCAUCCGUAUAUUGUGGAUAACGAAGAUUGUAAACCAUUGGUGGUCAAUACAUUGAAAUAUCUGUAUGAACUAGAUGUAGACGCUUAUCAAGAUUCGAUUGUACAGAAUCCUAUAGCUAGACCACGUAUUCCUCAUGAAGUACUUUUUGUAUGCGGUGGAUGGUCUGGUAGAAGUCCGACGUCAGCAGUUGAGAUAUAUGACACGCGUGCUGAUAAAUGGAUUCAACUACCUUUCAACGAUGAAUUUCCGCGUGCAUAUCAUGGAAUAGUAACGGUCAAUCGUAUGAUUUAUAUUAUCGGUGGAUUUGAUGGAAUGGAUCAUUUCAAUUCGUGUCGAAUUUUUGACUCUCAACUAUUUCAAUGGAAAGAAAUCGCUCCGAUGAAUGUUAAACGAUGCUAUGUCAGUGUUGCGGUACACGAUGGAUUGAUUUACGCGAUGGGUGGAUUUGACGGUCAUUUACGACAAAAAUCAGCUGAAAGAUAUUCACCUGUAUCGAAUCAAUGGCUUCUAAUUCCAUCAAUGCAUGCUCAGCGAUCAGAUGCGUCAGCAACUGUUCUUCAAGGUACAUUUGAUGAGUUAGUAGAAUACCGUCAUCUUCCAUUGAACAUAGAUAGAAUCUAUAUCUGCGGAGGCUUCAAUGGUCAAGAAUGUAUGAAUAGUGCUGAGUAUUUCGAUCCGAAGACAAAUCAAUGGACGAUGAUUGCGCCGAUGCGUAAUCGACGAUCAGGUGUCGGAGUGAUUGCCUAUCACGAUUGUAUCUAUGCACUGGGUGGAUUUAAUGGGUCGACACGAAUGAAUUCUGGUGAAAGAUAUAAUCCUAAGACAAACACGUGGAUGUCUGUGACAGAUAUGUACAAUCCAAGAAGUAAUUUUGCAGUCGAGAUAGUGGACGACUAUCUAUUUGUCAUUGGCGGUUUCAACGGUGUGACAACUAUAUUUAACGUCGAAUGUUUCGAUGACUUGACCGAAGAAUGGUACGAUGCAGCUGAUAUGAAUGUCUUCCGUUCAGCUUUAUCCGCUUGUGUUCUCUCGGGUCUUGAGGAUGUGCAUAAUUUAAUUACGCUUGCCAGACAACAAAUGAUAGACGAACAAAACAUCAAAUGUUCUCACUUAGUCGAAGCAGAUUCAGCACAAACCUCGAUUGUUCCUGUCGGAACUUUAUCGGCAGCUGUAGGCGCCUUAUCAGCAGCACUCGAUCAUAUAACAAGAAACAAUACGUAA